AUGGCAUAUGGAACAGCUCUGGCAAAACUGGGCGAUGUGUGUUCGCGUAUAAUUGGCUUAGAUGGCGAUACCAAAAAUUCAACAUUUAGUGAAAAGCUGCUAGGGAAACAUCCCGACCAGUUUAUCGAGUGCUUCAUCGCGGAGCAAAAUCUUGUUGGUGUUGCUGUUGGCUUGCAAUGCCGCGAUCGAGCUAUCCCUUUUGCAAGUACUUUCGCUGCAUUCUUUACGCGCGCCGCCGAUCAGCUUCGUAUGGCCGCCGUGUCAUUCGCGAAUCUGAAAUGCGCUGGUUCCCAUGUUGGUGUUUCCAUCGGAGAAGAUGGCCCGACUAUUCCUGGAUCGGUCGUGUUCUAUCCAACCGAUGCAGUGGCAGCGGAACGUGCCACUGAAUUGGCGGCAAAUACUCGUGGAAUCGCAUUCAUACGCACGGGACGUCCGGCUUGUCCGGUCAUUUAUAAAAACGACGAGGUUUUCCAAAUCGGCAAAGGGAAAAUUGUGCAUGAAGCCAGCAAACCUAAAGUGCUUCUAAUUGGCGCAGGCGUAACACUGUACGAGGCACAAAAAGCGGCAGAGAAGCUGAAGUCGGAAAAUGUUGAAGUGCUUGUGCUGGAUCCAUUCACAAUUAAGCCACUGGAUAAGAAAUUGGUUGUGGCGUCAGCUAGGAGAGCAGAAAACCGUAUUAUCACGGUUGAAGACCAUUAUCAAGCUGGAGGUAUUGGUGAAGCUGUCUGCCAGGCAGUUUCUGACGAGAAGGAUAUCCGUGUUCGUUCGCUCUGUGUUCUCGAUGUCCCACGCUCCGGGCCACCGGAUGCAUUACUCGAACUGUUUGGCAUUUCGGCAAAAUGCAUUGUUGAAGCUGUUCACGAGUUCAUUCAUCCGCCAAACUAA